AGCAAAUGAGAAAUAUGUAGUUAUUAUAUUGUGUGGAUAGCUAACUGUGUGGAGGGUAGAGAAAAGAUGGGAGGAGGAGCUCAUUUUCUGAAGAGGAUUCCCAGGAUUCAAUUCCCACAGAGACACCCAAAAUCUUCAACCUCCGCUUCUACUGCACAGACUCAAGAUGCGACAUCAACUCGCUUAGGGUGUGAUGUUCCAACACCACCAAAGAACCAGGGCGAAGGAGGGAAGGCCUCUCUUCAGCCGAAACCCACACCAAUCACGGCCAGAGAGAUAGAUACCAUAAUAUUGGGUGGACGCAUUUGAUGAUGAUCUAUGUAUGAAGAACCUGGAAGGCUGAGAAUGUGAAUGAUAUUAGUCUGUUCUAUAGAUUUAUACUUUGGAAACUGAAAAGGGCCGCGGUACGUACAAUAACUGGUCUACAUGUUAAUCUUCAUGCAUGGCUCUAAUUUUAUGAUUAUGUACCAGUUUCUGCAUAUAUAAGUUUAGUUUCCGCUUCCAUUGAAAUUGUGGACAUCUUGGCAACACAUAAGUAGGUAGCUUAUGGAAAACGACAUAAUAAUUGCCAAUGUAUGCUUUCAUUGGAUCCAAAUCACUGAUGAAGAACCAAAACUGUACAUUAUUCCUCUAAGAACAAACCACGCAAUAGAAUCGGGUACAAACUAUAGACAAGAAAUAUCCUAAGACCUAUAAUACCCAGCUCCGGCGAAAUGAGGAAACCCCACUUCGUUAGGCUUUCUAGUCGUCGCCCCAAAAUGAACAGCCACUUGAUGCUGCUUCGAUCCCUCAAGUCUCAGCUCCAUCACAGGGGAAAAGCAUCACCGAGUGGAUAGUCCAUGAAACCACCACAUUUGAAAAAU